AGCCGUGGACCCAGAGGAGACCCCCAGAGGAGGCGGCAAACUUCGCAGUGCCGCCCCCCAUCCCCGUCCCUCGGUAGGUUCAUGUGGCUCCUCACACAGCCACUAAGGGAAUAGCUGAGAGUGUCUCUCCUGCUGGGACCGAAGCUCUGGCCUCCUGUGCCUCCCUGCUGACCCUACUGAGUGCUGCAGCUCAGUUUCUGUGGGCAGGCCUUGGAUCACCAGCUGUCCCUCCAUCGACCUGCGGCAUGGCCCCACAGCUUCUCUCCCUGCUGGCAGCCCUAGCCCUGGCCCAGGUCCCUGCAGCCUUAGCUAACCUCCUGGAAGGGGACAGCUCAGAGGACCGCGCCUUCCGCGUGCGCAUCGCCGGCGACGCACCGCUGCAGGGCGUGCUCGGGGGCGCCCUCACCAUUCCGUGCCACGUCCACUACCUGAGGCCGCCGAGUCGCCGGGCCGUGCUGGGCUCUCCGCGGGUCAAGUGGACCUUCCUGUCCGGGGGCCGGGAGGCGGAGGUGCUGGUGGCGCGGGGGCUACGCGUCAAGGUGAAUGAGGCCUACCGGUUUCGCGUGGCGCUGCCCGCCUACCCCGCGUCGCUCACCGAUGUCUCCUUGGCGCUGAGCGAGCUGCGGCCCAACGACUCAGGCGUCUACCGCUGCGAGGUCCAGCAUGGCAUCGAUGACAGCAGUGACGCUGUGGAGGUCAAGGUCAAAGGGGUCGUCUUUCUCUAUCGGGAGGGCUCUGCCCGCUACGCUUUCUCCUUUGCCGGAGCCCAGGAGGCCUGUGCCCGCAUUGGAGCUCGCAUCGCCACCCCCGAGCAGCUCUACGCCGCCUACCUUGGGGGCUAUGAGCAGUGUGAUGCUGGCUGGCUGUCCGACCAGACCGUGAGGUAUCCCAUCCAGACCCCAAGAGAGGCCUGUUAUGGAGACAUGGAUGGCUUCCCUGGAGUCCGGAACUAUGGAGUGGUGGAUCCAAAUGACCUCUAUGAUGUCUACUGUUAUGCUGAAGACCUAAAUGGAGAACUGUUCCUAGGUGCCCCUCCAGACAAGCUGACGUUGGAGGAGGCACGAGUGUACUGCAGGGAGCGGAAUGCAGAGAUCGCCACCACGGGCCAGCUGUAUGCAGCCUGGGAUGGUGGCCUGGACCGCUGCAGCCCCGGCUGGCUGGCUGAUGGCAGCGUGCGCUACCCCAUCAUCACACCCAGCCAGCGCUGUGGUGGGGGCCUGCCUGGUGUCAAGACACUCUUCCUCUUCCCCAACCAGACUGGCUUCCCCAAUAAGCACAGCCGCUUCAAUGUCUACUGUUUCCGAGACUCUGCCCAUCCCUCUGCCAUCCCUGAGGCCGCCAACCCAGACUCUGACCCAGCCCCUGAUGGACUAGAGGCCAUCGUCACAGUGACAGAGACCCUGGAGGAACUGCAGCUGCCUCAGGAAGCUGUGGAGAGCGAGUCUCGUGGAGCCAUCUACUCCAUUCCCAUCAUAGAGGAUGGAGGAGGUGGAAGCUCCACUCCAGAAGACCCGGCAGAGGCCCCUAGGACCCUCCUAGAAUUCGAAACCCAAUCCAUUGUACCGCCUACGGAGUCCUCAGAAGAGGAAGGCAAGGCAGCGGAGGAGGAAGAGAACUACGAGGAUGAAGAAGAGGAAGAGGAGGAGGUGGAGGAUGAGGCGCUGUGGGCAUGGCACAGCGAGCCCAGCAGCCCAGGCCCUGCGGCCACUCUUCCCACUGAACCGGCCCUGGAAGAAUCGCUCUCCGAGGCAUCCCCGCCGGCGAGGGCAGUACUGCAGCCUGGUGCAUCACCACUUCCUGAUGGACAGUCAGAAGCUCCCAGGCCUCCAAGGGUCCGUGGCCCACCUACUGAGAUUCUGCUCACGCCCAGGGAGGGGAACCUAGCAUCCCCGCCACCUUCCACUCUGGUUGGGGCAAGAGAGGUGGGGGAGGACACUGGUGGUCCUGAGCUAUCUGGGGUCCCUCGAGGAGAGAAUGAGGAGACAGGGAGCUCCGAGGAUACCCUUUCCCUGCUUCCAGCCACACGGGCCCCUGAGGGUACCAGGGAGCUGGAGGCUCCCUCUGAAGAGAAUUCUGGAAGAACUGCCCCAACAGGGACCUCAGUGCGGGCCCAGCCAGUACUGCCCACUGACAGCGUCAGCCGAGGAGGAGUGGCCGUGGCCCCCUCAUCAGGUGACUGUGUCCCCAGCCCCUGCCAUAAUGGUGGGACAUGCUUGGAGGAGGAGGAGGGGGUCCGCUGCCUAUGUUUGCCUGGCUAUGGGGGAGACCUGUGCGAUGUUGGUCUCCGUUUCUGCAGCCCUGGCUGGGAUGCCUUCCAGGGUGCCUGCUACAAGCACUUUUCUACUCGAAGGAGUUGGCAGGAGGCAGAGACCCAAUGCCGGAUGUACGGUGCCCACCUGGCCAGCAUCAACACGCCUGAGGAACAGGACUUCAUCAACAAUCGAUACCGGGAGUACCAGUGGAUUGGGCUCAAUGACAGGACCAUCGAAGGAGACUUCCUGUGGUCGGAUGGCAUCCCCAUGCUCUAUGAGAACUGGAACCCUGGGCAGCCUGACAGCUACUUCCUGUCUGGAGAGAACUGCGUGGUCAUGGUGUGGCAUGAUCAGGGACAAUGGAGUGAUGUGCCCUGCAACUACCACCUGUCCUACACCUGCAAGAUGGGGCUGGUGUCCUGUGGGCCCCCACCAGAACUGCCCCUGGCUCAAGUGUUUGGCCGCCCACGGCUGCGCUAUGAGGUGGACACAGUCCUUCGCUAUCGGUGCCGUGAGGGGUUGGCCCAGCGCAACCUACCACUGAUCCGCUGCCAGGAGAAUGGUCAUUGGGAGCACCCCCAGAUCUCCUGUGUGCCCCGAAGGCCUGCUCGAGCUCUGCACCCAGCGAAGGCCCUGGAAGGACAUCAGGGGAGGCUACUGGGGCGCUGGAAGGCGCUGUCGACUCCUCCUUCCAGCCUCACUCCAGGUCCCUAGGGAGCGAGGCCUCGAACACUCCUGGCCCAGCACUGCCCUCUCACCCCAACUCUCCCUCAAACCCUGUGCUCUCCCCACCACAGGAAGUGACAACAUGAGAGGGGUGCAGCUGGAGUCCAGGUGACAGUGCCUGAAAGGGCUUCUGGAAAACACCUGGGAGGCUCCAGCUCAGCCUGGGCCUGCUCUUCCCCUACCCUGGGCAUCAAGUUUUCCCUCAGGGCAAGGGGUAAGUCCCUCAACUGCCCUCUCCUUGCCAGCCACCGUGUCCCCUCCAUUCCUCUAGGAGGCAA